AUGUGGGACAUCGUUGCUGGGGCCGAGGGCAACAUCACCAGCGGCUUCACCUGGGAGCCUCAGCCGGAACGUCGUGGCACCUUCGGAAUCAUCACAACAUGCUUGGUGACACUUGCCCUAUGCACGUGGAAGAUUGUGCACCUGAACCUGCCGGGCACCUGUCCGGAUGAGAACCUUCCAUGGUCAGCAUGGUUCAAAAAGGGCACGACCCACAGCAUGCGGCACAGACUGGUACAUAUAUUUGGAGGCCAUCAGCUCACUAGACAGAUCGGAUGGUUGCUCAUCGGAUUGUUCGCGCCAGAGUUGAUCGCCUACGCAGCCUUUAGACAAUACUGGGACGUGAGGUCUUUGCAAGCUUUCAUGGAGCUCGUUUACUUGCAACCGGUCCAGCCACGAAGAUGGUGGCCGGCCAUGCUGAGUAACCGCAGGCCCCAACCCGAAGAUGUUGAGGACAAUAGCACCAAGCCAAUAUGGACUUUGACACACAGCUGGUACGCCGUCAUGGGAGGCUAUAGCUACAAAUUGCGUGACGGGCCGAAGGUUUUUCUCCCUGAUGAUCACAAUCGGGAGCAGCUUGUCCUGCGAGACGAAGCUCUGCGCUUCGUGGCAGAGCACGAGCCGGCGGUGAUACCACACUUGAGCGUUCUCGACAUCUUGGACAAAAGCAGUGCGAGCACCUUCGUCAAGAUAAUCACCCUUUUUCAGGCCCUGUGGUUUAGUUUGCAAUGUAUCGUGCGCAUGGCCCAGGGCCUGUCGAUAUCUCUGCUGGAGCUUACUACAUUCGCGCACUGCAUCGUCGCUCUGAUCAUUGGGUGGCUUUGGCUGCGGAAGCCCGUGGACAUUUCCAAGCCAGAUCCUCUUGAAAUGCCGGACACAGUCAGCCAGCCCCACUGGCUUAUGGCCGUUCUGUACUCACUGACCAGCUUCGAUCGAAAUGAGUGCGACGAGGACAGAUAUAGGAAGCUGGGGCCAGCCGAGCAAAAUGCCGUCGAAAACGCUGGAGAAGGCCAGCGCAUGUCCACUUACUUGGACGCCACGAUCAACCAGGACCCCAUCACCUUCAGUGACUUGAAUCUGCAAGGAGGCCGUCCACAGUCAUCGGCUGUCAGCAUGGGCCGUCCAACGACGGCUGCACCCAGCCGGCCAAAUACCUCGCUUCCAACUCCGCCCAGCCCACAGACACACCUGUUCCCGCCGAGUCAAGUCCAGACGAAAGACUCCCCCGCCCAAAGCCUAAGCGAACUCGUCCAAGCAGCCGCAGACCAGGAGCGUCGGUUCCGGAUCCGCAUGCAGCUGGCGCAGAAGGGAUGGGACCACUACAUCCUCGACCGACACCCGCACGAGGAGCCCGCCAACGACACCGCCACCACCACAGCCGCAUCUCUAGCGGCGCAGUCUAUGAGCGCGGAGAACCGGCAGAGAGAGCAGCGCCGACUGAAGCGCACCAUGCGCAACACGCUCGUCGACCGCGUCACCAACUUCCCGCGCCGCCGCCACGACGCCCCCAAGGAGCAGCAUACUUUCCGGACGCACCUCGGCAUCAGCCUGACUGGGUUCCUGUACGGCGGACUGCACAUGCUUGCGUGGGACGCGUCGUUCACGAGCCAGGCUGAGGCGGAUAUUUGGAAGCUUGCGUCUAUCAGCCUCGCGUGCAGCGGUCUGCUCGUGCCGAUCACGCAUGCUGAGGGUGUGAUUCUCAAUGCUGUCAAGCCGUGGCUGAUGAUGGACGAGGAUGACAGAGACGCGGAGGAGGCGGAGCACCUUGCUGAGAAAGCGGCGAAGAUGGGGAGGUGGAAGCAUGGGUGGAGGCAUUACUGGUGGAAGCUUUACAAGUGGUGUUUUCUCUGGAUGAUCGAGGUCAUUCGUGUUUGCAAAGUCUUCGCCAUUGUGGUGGUCGCUUGCAUCUAUUUCGGGUUGAGAUUCUUCAUCUUUGUUGAAUGUCUAGCGAAUCUCUCGCAUCUGCCCUCAUCUGCGUAUGAUGUUGUGAGGUGGUCGCAGUACGUACCUCACAUCAGCUAA